AUGGUGCGAAAGCUUCCUUUUCUGCAUUUUCUUAGGAUGGCAUUCCUCAAAUAUCUGCGCUCCGUUAAGAAUGAGCUUAUCCUCUUCUCAACUCCAUUUAUUCUUCUUCCUCUGCCCCUGGUAAUCGGGACGUCGGAGGCAGAAUGUGCAUACAUAAUAAUCCUGAUGGCAGUGUACUGGUGCACAGAGGUCCUGCCUCUGGCAAUAACAGCUCUAAUGCCAGCCCUCCUCUUCCCAUUGUUUGGUAUUAUGCAGUCAAAAGAUGUGUGUAUGCAGUACCUGAAGGACACAAACCUGUUGUUUGUGGGGGGACUGAUGGUUGCUGUUGCAGUGGAGCACUGGAAUUUACAUAAACGCAUCGCUUUGAGGGUGUUGCUUCUUGUCGGUGUCCGUCCUGCACUUUUGAUGUUGGGCUUCAUGGGGGUGACAGCGUUCUUGUCCAUGUGGAUCAGUAACACAGCUACCACAGCCAUGAUGGUGCCUAUUGUCCAAGCUGUGUUGGAACAGCUGAACACCACAGAAGCAGAGAGACCUCAGUUCCUCAGCACAGAAGAACAGGUCCAGACGUCAGAGGUCGACAGCAAACAACUUCCUCAGACAGAGAAACAGAUUGAGGGGUCAAGUACAGUGGUUGUGACUUUCCUCGAUGCUUCGGUGGAAGCUACAAGGCAUAAAGAGGCAGCUGAAAAGAGGAGAAUGUGUAAAGGGAUGACACUGUGUGUUUGUUAUGCUGCCAGCAUUGGAGGCACCGCCACACUGACAGGGACUGGCCCCAAUCUGGUGCUCAAAGGCCAGAUGAACCAACUCUUUCCUGACAAUGGAGAUGUGAUUAACUUUGCCUCCUGGUUCGGCUUUGCCUUCCCUAACAUGAUCCUCAUGCUCACACUGGCCUGGCUUUGGCUGCAGUUUGUCUUCAUGGGAUUUAACUUUAAGAAGACGUGGGGAUGUGGGUCAGUGAAAACAGAGAAGGAAAUUGCUGCCUAUAAUGUGAUCCGUGAGGAGUAUCGUCUGUUGGGACCUAUGUCAUUUGGAGAGAUCAACGUCCUAGGUCUCUUCAUCCUGCUGGUGGUGAUGUGGUUCACAAGGGACCCGGGUUUUGUUCAUGGCUGGGCGACAGAGAUCUUCAACUCCAAAGCAGAGUAUGUGACAGAUGCCACAGUGGCAAUUUUCAUUGCCGUUCUUCUCUUUGUUCUGCCAUCAAAACCCCCGCAUUUCUGUUCAUGGAGGACCCAAAGUUUUGACACAACACCCCAUCAAACUGUUGGCCCAACUCCACCGCUACUCACUUGGCAAGUGGUCCAAAAGAAGUUACCCUGGGGCAUUGUCCUUCUUCUUGGAGGAGGUUUUGCUCUGGCCAAAGGCAGUGAAGUGUCAGGACUGUCAAAGUGGAUGGGGGAUCAGAUGACUCCCUUACAAACUAUCCCUUCCUGGGCAAUUGCUAUCAUUUUAUGCCUGCUGAUUGCUACUUUCACCGAAUGUACCAGUAAUGUGGCGACUGCAACGCUCUUCUUACCUGUCUUAGCUUCAAUGUCUCAGUCCAUUGGAAUCAAUCCACUGUACGUCAUGGUGCCCUGCACUCUGAGUGCCUCAUUUGCAUUCAUGUUGCCUGUUGCUACGCCUCCAAAUGCCAUUGUCUUCUCUUAUGGAUACCUCAGAGUUGCUGACAUGGCCAAGACGGGAAUAGUCAUGAACAUUAUUGGUAUUCUUUGCAUUACACUGGCCAUCAACAGCUGGGGUAAGGCCAUGUUUGAGCUGGACUCCUUCCCCACCUGGGCCAACGUCACCGGGGUGUGAGCCUUGCUCUGCCACUGGAGAUGACGUUUGCACACCCUGCCUUCCAAAUCCACUGGUGCCAGACAAAGACCUCUGGUCAGAGAGACAGUACAAGAAGACACGGUGGACACGGUGGACUAAGUGCUGAUUCAAGCCUCUUUAAAGGCUUGCUUCCAGUGACACCUGAGUCUUGUUUGUGAAAGAAAGUGGGGAUAAAUGAAAUGGAAGAGGUGGUCAAUAAACCUGUUCCAUUAAAAAUCAUCCUUUGACCCCUUUUGCUCAUGAACAGUACAACAAUCAUUACGUGCUGAAAGUGUUUAUGUUCAGCCAAAUCUAGAGACUCCAUUUAAAGGAGAUCUUUUUAUGAAAUGAAGAGCUGUCAAAAGUCAGAAUUGAAAUGAAAAUGGUUGCAUGCAGUCUUGUACCACUUCCCUCAUAGCAAUAAGCCAUACUGUAACGGACUGCAGCUCUGUUGUGCAUUGAUGAAACAUAAGUAGGCCUACAUUCAUUUACUACAUGUUAGAGUUUGGGAAAGGUUUAUAUUACUUGAUCAAUUUCAUUUUAUUCUACUGUAUUUUAAAUCUCCACUACAUUUCAGAAUCAAAUAUUUUUUCCACUACUUUUUAUUCCAUUAAAUUUUUUUGAUAACUGUAAAUAAUUCAAUUUAUACAUGAUUUUAUUUUAUUUUAUUUUUGUAAAUAUGGUAAUUUGUUAUGAUGCCAUUCAAAAGCCAUUUAAAUGGUUAAAUUAGCUUUGACCAGAUGGGUUAUGUGACUUACAUGUUUGUAAUAAUCAUCCAUUAACAUUACAUAUAACACAGACAAGGACAUUCCUGCUGCCUAAUGCAUACUUGUACUUUUGAUGCACUAUUUUGCAUUGUGAAUUUUAAUAUUUCUACUUUGUUAAAUAUUUAAAUGCUUAUUUCACUGCUGCAUUAAAUCCUGGAAGCUUUACAUAAGUGUCUCUUAAAAUACACAUCACCUUAUUCAGAUUAAUAGCUGGGUUAGCCAUUUUGAUAUGUACUGAUAUGGGAUAAUAUGCACAAUAUAGAAAAGAAAUUACUGUAAGUAAACAUAUACUGUACUUUGUCCUAUGAAUCGAUCAGAGGUGCUGUUACUUCUAGCAUCAGUUGAACUUUGAAAUGCAUCAUCACUAUACAAGCAAAUAACAUGUAUGUGCCUUAUUAUGUCAAUGUCAAUGUUCUCAACAAUCAAAAUGACCUUGUGAAAUGUCUCACUGGAAUAUUUAAUUUGUUUCUCAAUAAAGUAACAUGUAAGAAUCAA